AUGAGCAUGAGCAUGAGCAUGAGCAUGAGCAUGAGCAUGAGCAUGAGCAUGAGCAUGAGCAUGAGCAUGAGCAUGAGCAUGAGCAUAAGAAUCGAGUCGUCGUGCAAACUGAAGGACGGGAGUGAUGACGAAUUGCUCGAUGAUUUUGCAAAGAAACUCUCUUACUCAAAGGAAGAGGUGCGGGUCAUUCACAAAUGCUCCUCGAAGAUGAACGGAGAUAUUCUGAUAGAAGAGGUCUCGAGCAACAAGAAUGAGAAGAUUAGGAGGAUGAGGUUCACAAGCAACCUACAUCUAGAACAAACAGAAGUUCGGCUCUUGAAAAGAGUGAAUGAUUCGGCUUCCAAGAAACAAGGCGAUACAAGACAAAGUCAAUUCGUUGCCGAUCACGAAUACGUCCCUUAUGAUUGCCUGAGGGGGAUGCUGGUCUCGUUUGCUCUGCUUCCUUCCUUGAAGAUAGAAGAGCUGCCGUCUGCCAACAUGCGCAUCCUGAUCGUGGGCCUUGCCGGAGGAAUGUUGCCAAGAUUCGUUCACAGUCAGCUCAAAGGGGCCUCGUUAGAUUGCGUUGAGAUCGACGAGGCUGUUCGAGAUGCAGCAGAAGAGUUCUUGGGCCUCGUGACUGACGAGAAGCUGAAAGUUCACGUGGCCGACGGUCUGGAUUUCGUGAAGGAGAGCGACGACCACACUUACAACCUGAGUAUCAUCGACGUCAAUGCCUGCGACGAAGACACAACCCUGGAGGCUCCUCCGAGGCCGUUCGUCGAAGAUGGCAAGCGCGAUAGACUAUUUUCUCGUUCCUUGACCAUGCAUCCUUGCAGACUUCGUUCGCCAUCUUUCCAGAAGAUUUUCGAUCGUUUUCUUCGAUUUUUCGACGACGUCCUCUACCUCAAAGACCAUUCACCCGAUGCCGAUGAGAAUUACGUUGUCUUGCUCCUGAACGGGCCCUCCAGUCAGUGGAACUUCAACGUUGGGAGCGAAUCCGCGAUCGUCGAUCGCGUUGAGCAAUUGGAGAAGAUCUUCGUCGCCAUGCGACAGUUCGGGCUGACCGGGAGAACGAGAAGAGAGUUAAAAAGGCACGUGAGACUCCUGUCACCCUCCUCCUUGAAGGAAACCUAG